CUUUUAACGAGUCAGUUUCUAUUUCGUCAGAUUCUAAAACAUCGUAUAUAUUUCAAGAUUAGUAUCCGUUAUUCUUCUUUCAACAAAGUAUUUGUAGCUAAAUAAAGAAAGCAAAAUGAGCACUGAACAGGGAUAUUACGCAAAAGGAUUCGAUAGCAGCAUUUCCAAAACUCAUGCUUGGAGAACUGUUGAAAAUAGCUGCGCUUACUUAAUAAGGUAUAUAAAAGAUAAUGACAAAGUACUAGAUGUCGGAUGCGGUCCCGGGACCAUUACUAUGGACUUGGCAAGACGAUAUGUUCCGAAAGGAGAAGUUAUCGGUGUUGAGCCAAUUCAAGAGUUUGUUGAUGCAGGCAACUUGAAAAGAUCUGAAAUGAAUCUUAAAAAUUGUCAUUUUCAAUUUGCUAGCGGAGAUAAACUUCCGUUUGAGGAUAAUACAUUCGACAUUGUACAUGCUCAUCAAGUCUUGGUGCAUGUCGAAAAUCAGGUUGAUGUGCUCAAAGAAAUGAAACGUGUAACAAAACCUGGAGGAAUUGUAUGUAGUAAAGAUGCUGACCUUGAAACCUCUCAGGUUUAUCCAACAAAACUUGAUGAAACCUUAAAGUCCCAGUUUUUGGCGAAAACGAAGUGCUCAUCUACACAUCCACAGGCAGGAAGGCAUCUUCGAAAGUGGGCUAUUGAUUCCGGGUUUAGUCCUAUGAGUAUCUCAUCCAGCGCGUCUCUUUGGUUUAUCGCAAAUGAAGAAGAUCGUAAAUGGUUUGGAAAGAUGUUCCGAGAUCGUGCUCUACAUUCUACUGAAACAUUGAUUCCUUUUGACGCCGAAGGGGACCUGAGAAAAAGACAAGAAGUGGCACAAGCUUGGGAUGAUUUUAUUAGGGACUCAUCUAGUUGCUACUAUUUAAUGCAUGGUGAAGUUGUUUGUAAGAAAUAAACAUUCUUUUCUUUGCUAUUGUUGUCGUUAUCAGUUUUAUUGGUAAGAAAUUCUUAAGAAUUCAAUUGAAGAUCAAUGAACGUACUUAAGGAUUGAAAAUGGCUUUUGUCAUGGAAUAGUACAUGAAGUAAUAAUAUAGUGGGAAGGGAAUGAGUAAUCGAUAUUUUUAUUACUAG